AUGGUUGAACCCAGCAUUCAUACAACAGGGACUGUGAAGGCGACAGGUCCGGUGACAGUAACGCAGAGGGGAGGCCCACGCCGAUCAUCAGCCUUGCUAAAGAAGGCAGACUCUGAGGAGAGCGAUUAUACAGUGACCGACGACGAGUCCGUUACUGCAAGCGGCGCUGCAACGGACGUACCUCAGCUGUCAUUGUCCCCGACAGCCCCAAGCCGGCUUCUCAAGAUGGCAAACCCGGAUAGGCCAUACGACAUGUUUGCUGAUGGAUCUGGCCGUCUCGUUCGGGCGAUGGGUGCACUGAUACCCGACGGAUACAAGCAGGAUACCACCAUACCAUCGCGCCCUUGGAUCUGCCCCGUUCGAUCGUGCCGUUGGUUAUUCAAGGCUCUGCAUGAUCUCGGACAUCACUUCAAGCAUAAGCACCGUGGCUGCGAAUUAAACGAUAACCUGGAUGGGACGCUUUGUGUCUUGCGGGAGAAGGGUGGUCGCUCUCCGCCUGGCAUCAUCUCGCGGAAUCCCAUGGAUUCCGAACCGAUUGGAAAGCCCAAGCAGCCGGUCUAUCGCAAAAAAACGGUGCUCUGGGUCGAGGCAGUCAAGGGUGAUGCCUCUGAGGGUUCUCUUCCAAGGAAGGUUGACCACAUCGCUCCCGAUCGCGACGCCCUUGAUGUUGUUUCCGAUAUUGGCUUGGAGACCGCAACAGAUGGCCGGCUGUAUGAUCACUGGUGGGCGGGUGAAUCAGGCCAGCUGGUACAUAUGGCCGGCGCCUUGAUACCGGUAGGCUACAAGCUUGACGAUACCUAUUCAGAUCGCCAGUGGGUUUGUCCCAUUCGAUCAUGCAGGCUUGCUUGCAAAUCAAAGAGGAGUCUAGGCUACCAUUUUCAGAUAACUCAUAAAAGCUGCACUUUGAACGACAACGGCGAUGGGACUUUCUCAGUCGUCGGCUACUCAGCCUCCGAUAUCGCUCCCCGUGUUGUUUCCAGGAAACCACUAGAUCCGAGCGAGGGUCCUAUACCAGAGCCUCAGUUUCCAGUAUGGAGCGCCGAAGGCUGCAACGCUGCGCGGCAGAAGCGCUUGGUUGUGCAAUCCCCAGCCGGGCCCUCAAGCGCUGACGAGAGUGCAUCUGUCAUCACCGGCUCCUCCACUGCCAUCUCCGGCGAUGCAGAUCGCCUGUGGAGCUACAUUCGCUCUCGAGUUGGCUUCCGACUCCCUUCCUCCGCACCGUCAGGCCUGGAGUUACUCCUCCGGCAAUCCAAGCUGCGGGACCUGAAUUUGGCCCGUUUCACACCGCCGAGUGCGCUCACUCCCAAACAAUACGCCGCCAUGAUCAUCCAAAUUGUCGGAGAAGAGAACCCCAAACGCUGCAGCGAAUGUCGGCGCCAUCCUGAUCCGCUUCACAGCUGCGUCGGCCUUUCAGUAGAUGCAGCGAAAAAUGUUUACGGCCUAUUAACCACCUCCGCGCGCGCAUGUGCGAACUGCCUAUUCCGCAAGCGGGAUAACCAAUGCAGCCUCAGGAGGUAUACCUCUCUCCUUCUCACCGCCUCUGAGGAUCGUUAUGCAGCACACGCGCCCCACGAUACUUUUGAGGAGCCGGGCGAGGACAUUUUCGGCCGCAGGCGGUCUACGCGGCUCUCGCUAGUGCAUGACGAUGACGACGCGGAUUCAAGGGGUGAAAGCAUGGCCGAUCCGGCUCCUAGGUCAAGGCCGAGACGAUCAGUCCUUGGAAGACGUUCUGCUGCCGCAUGGAAGACUGACCCGCCCACCGAAGCUGAUCUGCACAUGGAGAGCUGGGAGAUUGCCGACCGGCGGAUCAACGUAGCUGACGAGCCGCUGGCGUUCUCCUCCGCCUACCUCACCGCCAACCAGACAGUCCAAGUCACCUCCAACGCAACCUUCGUGGCAACCACCAUCCCUUCUGGCCGCGUGGAGCAGUUCCCUGCCGAUAGCACUAAGACCCGCAUCUGCACGCUCUCCAGCGGUAAGCUGCGCGUCCAGGUGGGCAGCGAGCCGGAAUUUGCCAUUGGCUCCCAAGGGAUCUUCAAGAUUGACCCCGGUGUGGCUUGCUCGGUAAGCAAUAGGUGCUAUCUUGAUGUGGUACUCCAUAUCACCUCAUUGAGUGCGGCGUAG